AUGGCUACAACUACAAAGGUGGCCACGCCAUCUAGUGAACGGAGGAUCGGUCCGCGGUUGUCCGCUAAGCGGGCUGCAGGCUCAAUUGAUCCUGAGCACGACAUGGGAGCACAUGUCAUUAAAGGAAAAAAAAACUACUUUCGGGGAGGCAGCGGUAUCAAAGUCACAAAAGUUACCGGUACGGAGGAUUGGCUGGUCUAUCAAUGGCGUAGUAUCUGGCAGAUGCUGGUCAUAAAGCCAUAUUGCUUGAGGCAACAGAUGUUUUGGGAGGAAAGGAGAAUUCAACCGGUUAACCUUCAAAAAAAGAAUUCAGCCGGUUUGAUUCCCCAGAAACUUUGCCCACCUGUAAACGGGAUAUGGGCCUUACUGAGAAACAAUGAAACACUUACCUGGCCAGAGAAGGUGAAGUUUGCACUUGGACUUCUGCCAGCGAUGGUUGGUGGUCAACCUUAUGUUGAAGCUCAAGAUGGCUUAACCGUUUCAGAAUGGAUGAAAAAGCAGGAGAAGCAUGGUUCCAAAAUGGCAUUCUUGGAUGGUAAUCCGCCUGAAAGGCUAUGCAUGCCUAUUGUUGAUCACAUUCGGUCUAGGGGUGGAGAGGUCCACCUGAAUUCUCGUAUUAAAAAGAUAGAGCUGAAUCCUGAUGGAACUGUAAAACACUUCGUACUUAGCGAUGGAACUCAAAUAACUGGAGAUGCUUAUGUUUGUGCAACACCAGUUGAUAUCUUCAAGCUUCUUGUACCUCAAGAGUGGAGUGAAAUUACUUAUUUCAAGAAGCUGGAGAAGUUGGUGGGAGUUCCUGUUAUCAAUGUUCAUAUAUGGUUCGACAGAAAACUGAAAAACACAUAUGACCACCUUCUUUUCAGCAGGAGCUCACUAUUAAGUGUCUAUGCAGACAUGUCAGUAAGCUGCAAGGAAUACUACGAUCCAAACCGUUCAAUGCUAGAGUUGGUCUUUGCUCCUGCAGACGAAUGGAUUGGUCGAAGUGACACUGAAAUCAUCGAUGCAACUAUGGAAGAGCUAGCCAAGUUAUUUCCUGAUGAAAUUGCUGCCGAUCAGAGUAAAGCAAAGAUUCUUAAGUAUCAUGUUGUGAAGACACCGAGGUCACCCAAUCAAGGUUUCUAUCUGGCUGGUGAUUACACAAAGCAGAAAUACUUGGCUUCCAUGGAAGGUGCAGUUUUAUCUGGGAAGCUUUGCGUCCAGUCCAUAGUGCAGGAUUAUAGCAGGCUCGCUCUCAGGAGCCAGAAAAGCCUACAAUCCGAAGAAGUUCCUGUCCCAUCUUUGUUGUAG